UCGGAUUGUCAUCAGUCUCUCGAGUUCUCUAGUCGGACAAUCAAAACCAGUCAAAAUGUUCAAGAUCCUGCUUGUGUGCGCCCUCGCCGCCUUGGUGGCCGCCAACGAGAAUGCCGAAGUUAAGGAGCUGGUCAACGAUGUUAGCGCCGACGGUUUCGUGAGCAAGGUGGUCCUGGACAAUGGAUCCGCUUCCUCUGCCACCGGCGAUGUUCACGGAAACAUCGAUGGUGUCUUCGAGUGGGUGUCCCCCGAGGGCGAGCACGUCCGUGUGAGCUACAAGGCCGACGAGAACGGAUACCAGCCCCAGAGCGAUCUGCUGCCCACUCCUCCCCCAGUCCCUGAGGCCAUCCUGAAGGCUAUCGCCUACAUCCAGGCCCACCCCAGCAAGGAAUAAGUGCUUCCCCGAACUAUCUGAAUCCACCAAUCUAUGGGUCAACAUGAUAAAUAUGACUUGCUGCCCAGCUCUUAGAAUUUAAUCCUCAUGCAGACUAUAUAAGUUUGAUUAUCGAAUGAACCAAU